AUGUAUAUACCUCCCGAUCAUGGAGUCAUGGGUACCGCCACCGAAGAUGAACUCUGUGAAGUCGCCUGGUGCGAUGAAGGUCAACUAGCAGUAUCAAUUUUGUACCAGAAGUUGGUUGAAUGGAAUAAACGAGAAACAGGGAAGGAAAUAAAAGAACAAAGGCUCGAGUUUUGGGAGAUGCAAGAAGCCAUAUCGAAUUUGGCCAAACUCCUCGUGCGGAAAGAAAUGCGAGUCAUACCAGGCGCGUUCAACUCAUCUGAGCUCUUCACACCCAGCUUCAAGUAUUCCGGACUGGGUAUGGCAACUCUUGUAGUUCUGAAUUCCCAUCAAUCUAUCAAACGAGUUGGCGCAGCGCUCAAAUCGAUUCCGCGAGAACUCUGCAACCCAAACGUCGCGAGUGCCCAAGAAUGGGUCAAUGGUAGCUUGGGCAACUUCAUUCAUCGCUUUGUUCAGAAGGAGAUGGCGUUUACCCAACACAAUGGGUGUGAUAGGCACGGGCGCCGCCACUACUUCUACGUCUGGCACCCAGACCCGACCUGGCACAUAGCCUUUGAGGAAGAACAGGCCAGGAACCCUCUUAGACGCAAUUUUGGUGGAUACCAUCAUGAGCUUCAGACGCUUUGCUUACGCAUGCGGACCGACAGAGAAGCGUUGAUAUGGAACACACAAAUUGGAGGAACGUCGGUGUUCCAUCUUGUUAUACCGGCUAAUCAACCACUUGUGGUAGACACCAAAUUCAUGUUUCACAAGGCCCUGUUCCCAUUGACAAUUAUCGGAGCUCAACAUCGAGGCACCAACCUGGUUUGGCUAGCGAUUCGCCAACUCCCAGGACCUACCGACAUACAUUUACGGUCUGUGAGCAUCUUACCUGAUCCAUUGGUAUUGCAGGACUACCCUAUGAAGAAUCCCAAGUUGGCCUUCGCUUUAAUUGUCGUGUAUUUCGUUGUGGGGUAUAUGUAUCCUUUUUGGACGGUUGCUAUAGUAUUUGUCUUGGGUCGCAUCUCAUCCCCUCCGACGAUAUGGCACCAAUAUGACUACAGAUUAACUGCCGGAUCCAACUUGAAGGAGCUAGGAGAUGCCGUGAUCUUUACACGUUAUUAUGUCACUGAAUAG